UGUCUUCCACUCCGGUCGUCCAUUGAAAAUGGCGCAGAUGGUGAGGUGUAGGGUUGGCCUGUUAUCACUGAAAUCCCUUAAAAACCCAGUGUCACGGAUUAUUCUCCCCGAGAAAUACCAGAGAUUAUGUUUUCACACGAGUUGGGUAAUGAAUGUCAAGGGGAAGGAGGUGCUCAUGCCCUCGCUCUCUCCGACGAUGGAGACAGGUACAAUCGUCAAGUGGAUGAAGAAGGAGGGUGACCCUAUCCAACCAGGGGAUGCCCUGGCAGACAUACAGACUGACAAAGCUGUGAUGACAUUUGAAAUGGACGACGAGGGGACGCUGGCGAAAAUUGUGGUGCCUGAAGGCACGAAGGACAUCAAAGUGGGAACUCUGAUUGCUCUGACUGUCGAGCCUGACGAGGACUGGAGGUCUGUGGAGAUGCCUGGGGGUGCAGCGACGCCUGACGCACCUGCUGCGCCUCCUGCGGGGGCUAGUGCCCCCGCGGCAGCUGAAGCAGAACCACCUGCUGGCCAAGUGAAUGUUGCUAUGCCUGCAUUGUCUCCAACCAUGACGUCAGGAACGAUUGUUAAAUGGCUAAAGAAAGAGGGGGAUGAGAUAUCUCCUGGUGAUGCCAUUGCAGAUAUUCAAACGGAUAAGGCUGUCAUGACGUUCGAAAUGGAUGAGGAAGCUGUUCUAGCGAAAAUUCUGGUGGAAGAAGGAUCUCAAGUAGAAGUGGGACAACUAAUAGCAGUGACAGUGGAAAGAGGAAUGGAUCCAAAGGCCAUUGUCAUUCCCACAGCAACGAAACCCUCAGCGAAGCCCUCAGCCCCAUCACCGAAGCCGUCCUCAGCUCCCUCUGCCGCAUCACCAGCCCCCGCUGGUGAUAAGCCACCCCCUGGUGGACAAGUCUUCGGAUUAGCAGUGAAACGAUUGCUGGAGGAGUACGGCCUCAGUUCUGGGUCUGUCAAAGGCACUGGCAGGCCGAAUCGUCUGCUCAAGAGUGACGUCCUUGGGUACAUUCAGCAGAAUAAUAUCCAGAGAGUUGACCUACGAGCCGCACCAGCACCUGCCAAGGCAGGAGCUCCCAGCGCCCCUUCAGGACAACCCAGGGUCGCAGCCCCACGAAAAUCUGGGCCUUCGACCUACAGAGAUCUCGAGAUAUCUAAUAUCAGGGCUGUUAUCGCUAAACGACUGGGAGAGUCCAAGCGCGGCAUUCCUCAUUCCUACGCAACAGUCGACGUGAGAAUCGACAAGCUCAAUGAAGUUCGUGAAUCGCUCAAAGGGGAAGGCAUCAAAGUAUCAGUCAAUGAUUUUAUCACGAAAGCUGUGGCUCAUGCCCUCCUGCAAUGCCCUGACAUCAAUACUCUGUACAAAAAUGGACAGACAGUGAGAAUGCAAAACGUCGAUGUUUCUGUUGCUGUCUCAACACCUGCGGGUCUCAUCACACCAAUUGUGUUCGAUGCUGUCAGCAAAAGCCUGAGUGAUAUUUCUAGUGACGUCAGGACACUUGCUGGAAAGGCCCGAGAGGGAAGUCUGAAGCCUAAUGAAUUCCAGGGGGGAACUUUCACGAUAUCAAACUUGGGAAUGUUUGGAAUAAAAGAGUUCUCAGCUAUAAUAAAUCCCCCACAGACUGCGAUCCUCGCGGUUGGAACAGGUCGUGAAGUGUUGGACACAACGCUCAGAAAAGCAGCUGUAAUGAGUGCUACAUUGUCGUAUGACAGUCGAGCUAUUGAUGAGGAUCAGGCUGGAGAUUUUUUGGCAGUUCUCAAAUCAAUUCUGGAGGAUCCAGCUUUGCUGACGGUUGGGAGGGGUCAGCAGGCUAUGAGACACAGGCGUUAAAUGCCGACACAUUUAAUUGGACUCGUGCCAUACUGCCACGUGUGAUCUUAACGAUGAACCAAUCACAGUGUUCAUGAUCCAAAGAACGAGAUGAAGAAAAUAAUAACGAUCUCGAGGGUUUGGAUGAAUAGUUAAACAAAUAAAACCACUGAAUCUACAAAAUCCGAAAAAAAAUCGAAAAUUUCAGAAUGAAAACUUUUCAUUCAACGAUCUACGUAAUUUGGUACGAUUAAUUUACACACUAGGUCCAUAUUGAAUGAUAUCUAGUUGAAUUGUUGUAUAAAACUUAAUUAAUCGGGCAAAUGGUGUUCACUUCCUCACUGAUGUGACGAAUGACUAAUUAGAGUGAAAUCAUUGGCUGCGUCAAUGUUACUGUAAAUAAAAUAUUUAUUGACCCACAA